CUCCGUCCGUCCGCUCCGCUCUUCCUUCCUCAUCCUGACCGCCGCCGCCCGCCGCUCCUGGGAGCCCGGCGAGGGCAUUGCGACGCCGCCCGCCCCGGCCCGCCCCGGCCCAGCAACCGCGGGCCCGCUCGCAGGCAGCCGAUCGCCGCCCCACCGCUUCCCCCCCGUCCGCGCUCGGGCCGGCCCCCGCCAUGUCCAAGCCGCCACCUAAACCGGCCAAGCCAGGGCAGGUUAAAGUUUUCAGGGCCCUGUACACAUUUGAGCCCAGAACGCCAGAUGAACUGUACUUUGAAGAAGGAGAUAUCAUUUACAUCUCAGACAUGAGUGAUACCAAUUGGUGGAAAGGAACUUGCAAAGGGAGAACUGGACUAAUUCCAAGCAACUAUGUGGCAGAGCAAGCUGAGUCUAUUGAUAACCCACUGCAUGAAGCUGCCAAACGUGGCAACCUAAGCUGGUUGAGAGAGUGUUUGGAUAAUCGAGUUGGGGUCAAUGGCUUAGACAAAGCUGGAAACACAGCUCUGUACUGGGCAUGCCAUGGAGGCCACAAAGAUAUAGUGGAUGUUCUGUUUACCCAGGCAAACCUAGAGUUAAACCAACAGAACAAAUUGGGAGACACAGCUUUGCAUGCUGCUGCAUGGAAAGGUUAUGCAGAUAUUGUAGAGAUGCUGCUGGCAAAGGGGGCAAGAACAGAUCUGAAGAACAAUGAGAAGAAACUGGCUUUAGAAAUGGCAACCAAUGCAGCUUGUGCUUCCCUGCUUAAGAAGAAACAGAGUGCAGGUACAGUCCGAACAUUAAGUAAUGCAGAAGAAUACCUCGAUGAUGAAGACUCUGAUUAGCUUUUUUCAUUCAGCCUAAAGAACUAUAACUUGCAUUGCCUAUGGCAUUCCCCAAAUAUAUCUUUACAAGUGUAAAAAUAUCUUACUUAGAGCAUUGCAGUCUUCCAAUAUAGCAUAUAAAUGAGAGGGUGAAAUCAUGCUUUCCAAAGGAAUAAUCUUUAUGUGUGCCAGAAGAUGCUACAUUUUAAAUCAGUGUUCCUUUGGAAUUUUCUCACAGAGGAAGUGUGGCAUACCCUUAUCAUUGAAUGGGCAGAGGACCAUCUUCUAAACUCACAGGCGUCAUCUCAUGCCUUCCCAGCAAGUGCCUUGUGUCUCUGGAAUACACUCCUCAAACUGAAAGGUCCCUCUGGGACAGCAAGAUACCAUUGCUAACGUUUCUCAAAAUCUCCCUGGAUAUAGGUUCCUUUGUGCAGAUAAGAUAAUACUGGCAGAGGCAGUACCGGCUGACAGGCAUAAAUGGAGAUGCUGCUAUAGAGGGUGACAAUCUUUUGCCCACAUAGAGCCAGCAAGACAAAGUUUGAUCUUAUUUUUUAAUAUUUUUUGGCAAAAAUUUUUUUCCCCCAUUCCUUCCUGUACCCCUGUAAAUAAGGGGUAGAAUGACAUGGGAUGGUCUGCCCUUUAUGCUUUGUCUUCUCUAUUGCUAUGGGCCCAAUCCCUGAAAUGUAAACUCAGGUGAAAUGCUUGCUUAAGUCAGUUUUGCUUGAGAAAUACACUUACUUCUGACUUAACAACUUUAUUAUUUUGCUUUUUGAAGUGCAUUAUGCUGAAACUAUUCAUAGUGAAAGGAAGACAGAAUAUUUUUCUAUUUAUCCUGCCUAAUUUUUUUUUACUGAUCUCUUGCUUUUGUUUUUUAAAAAUGUUCUUAUAUUUUAUCCUAAAUUACCUCAAAGCUUAAGUGUGUUUGACGGAAUGAGGGAAGAUAUAUAUCAAAUAUACCAGAGUUAUCUUUAGGAGAGAUAUCUGAAGCUGAAUAAACAUUUUAAAAAUGUAUUCCUUCUUCCUGUGAAUUAAAGAGAACUGAAAAAUAAAUUGAUCCACUUUCAAGCUUCCCUACAGAGUUAAAAAAUAAGUACUUCCUUCAGAUUGCUCAAAUAGCAGCAGCCAAUUAUUAUACCCUACUGAGGGAUACUUCCUUACUGUGAUGGUAAGAAAAGUAUUUGACAUACAAUCUCAUUUUUAAUUUUUGUUGCUAACUUCCCUAUUAGCAACAUAUAGCAGUCUGUGAUACUUAAAAAAAAAAAAAAGGAAAAAAAAAAGAAAAAAAGGCAAAAAAAUAUCUCAUGUGAAAGACUGGGGAUAAAUGAAAAGCUUGUGUGAAAGAUUGGGGAUAAAUGAAAAGCUCGUGUGAAAGACUGGGGAUAAAUGAAAAGCUCUUGUGAAAGACUGGGGAUAAAUAAAAAUCACACUAAGUAUUUUAGAGAUUAAAAGAAGUCUAGAGCACUCUAACAUCCCACUUUAAAAAUGUACUGAACCAAAUUUUUUGUAUUUUUAUUAUCUGGAAAGAACUAGAUACAGGUAAAGCUUGUUCUAUGAGCACUUACCAAAGAAGGCAGCACUUGAUUGACCAGAAUUAUAAGAUAGAGCCAUUGCACAAAUAGUCAUCUGCAGAUAUAAUUCUAAACUGUUUAAGUGUUAAAACCAUACAACAAAUGAUUUAGCCCUAUGAAAUACUGUGGUGGACUGGACAGUGAUGUUUUAUUUUGUGUGAACUUGAAGAUCCUAGAGGGAAAGAAAUUAAAAACAAAGCCACCAAGUUUUUCUCUCUAGCUUUCAUUAGAAUAAUUGUUGAACAGAACUUAUAAUAGAUGGAAACUGUCCUGUUUCACGUUUUAUCAGACAGCUAUUUUUACUCGCUCAGACAUCUAUGACAGUCAAGCCGCAUGCAUGCUGUUUAACAUGAUGCAGUUUCCCAGUGCAAGCAAAAAAGGACCUGUAGUAGGAGGCUAGAGAAGCAAGAAUGUUCAUGUACCUGUUACAGGAGUCUUUUUCCUGCAUAAACAAAGCUCUCAAGGUUAAAAUUCUUCAGUGUCACAGGAUGUGGAGAGAAUGACUCUUCCAAGUCAUUGUUUUCUCUGUCAAGCUUUGGAGGUGGAAUUUGUGGUCAUAAAUAACUCUUAAUGUGAUGCCUUCUGCUGCCACGUGUUCAAUAUCCUAGAAGUUAAUUGCAGCAUCUGAUAUAAAAAUCUAAUGUUGUGCUCACAUCUGUGGAAUUAGCUGCUGCCGGAAGACCCUGUGUUCUUCUGCAGGCAGAUCUAGGUGCUGCAAGGGCGGAAUGGUGGCGGAAGCACAAGAUGGGCCCAAAGAUUGCCUGUGAAGUCCUUACUGCUGUGUCCUGAAGGAGGCACAUUUACAUCACAAGGCAGCUAGCUAAUGCUGUAAUUUGUUUCUAGGACCAGAAUUACUGCUUUUUUUUCCCACGACUUUGUUUUUCCUUAUGCAACUGUCUACUCAGCUUGUGAAAUAGAAAUCACUGUGAAAACUUUCAGGCAAUAAAUUACUUUUUGCCUAAUUCUAGCAGUUAAGUUUUGAUUUAAAAAAAAAAAAAAGAGCACAGAGCAAAAGUCCUAUAGCUAGAAGGAAUUACAGCUGGAGUAAGAUGAUACAGUAUCUUACUAGUUAUGCAAACCCAGUUACUCCCCUUACUUUUCUACAAUGUGUGUGCCACUGCAGGCUCUUGGAUAAAUUCAAGACUCUUUCCAAAGACAUCUGCCUUCAGGUUUGUAACAAUAAGAAAAAUAGAUUUUUAAGAGGAGCAGCAAAAUGAAAGUUGUCAAGCUCAUGGUGUCUCCUAACUGCACAUUGAAGGAUAUUCUGUCUUGUGUACUUCUGUUUGAAUUAAGUGUGUGCCUUUCUAUUGAAAAUAAGCUAUGUUCCAAUUAGAAGUGCUAUGCUGUUAGGGGAUAGAAAUUGUUCUGAUUUAUUUGAGGCUUUUUCAAACUACACCAGUAAAUUUUUUGUCUGCUUCAUCAAAAAUAAAAUGCUUAAUCCCUCUUUUCUAGAAAAUAACAUGGGACAUUUCUUGAACUGUCUUUAGUAUAGUUCUUAAACAGUCCGUGUGGAUAAUCUUCAAGUUAUUACGCUGUUUUACUAAGACAAAACCCACCUUACUUAAUUCAGCUCUUGCAUGUCCUAUCACCUGAAAUAUAAUUUGCUUAAAAUGGUUAAGGUCACAUUAGAUGUUUAA